AUGGCGACUUUUUCGCGCCCGAUCGCUUCGGGCAUUACCGGGGUCGAUUUUACAGUUUACUCUGAAGAAGAGAUCAAAAAGCUGUCGGUGAAAAGAAUCCACAAUACUCCGACCUUGGAUUCUUUUAACAACCCGGUUCCUGGCGGUCUCUAUGACCCUGCUAUGGGAGCAUGGGGUGACCAUGUCUGUUCAACCUGCCGCCUGAACUCAUGGUCUUGCACUGGCCACGCCGGUCACAUUGAGCUCCCUGUGCCUGUUUACAAUGUCACUUUCUUCGAUCACAUCUAUCGCUUGCUUCGGGCGCAAUGUAUCUACUGUCAUCGCCUGCAAAUGUCCCGCGCAAAUGUCAACUUGUACACCUGCAAGCUGCGCCUGCUGCAGUAUGGGUUGACCGAGGAAGUCGCCAACCUCGAUGCAAUUGGGGCUUCGAAAAGCAGCAAGGCUACUAAGCUUGCGCCCGGAGAGGAAAAGACAGCCUCUGACUCGGAGGACGAGGACGAUGAGUCUAUCAUGGAAAAGCGGACCGCAUAUGUCAACCGCUGCAUCAAGGAAGCCAAGAAAGAUGGCAAGCUGGAUGGCUUGAUGGCAGGCGCAAAGAACCCAAUUGCUGCUGAGCACAGAAAGGCAUUGGUCAAGACUUUCCUGAAGGAUAUCAACGGGAACCGCAAGUGCCACAACUGCAGCGGUAUUACCCCCUCUUACCGAAAAGAUCGCUACAACAAAAUCUUCCGAAAGGGUUUAACCGAAAAGUCGAAGCUCGCUAUGUUGGCCGGUGGAUUCCAGGCCCCUAACAGCCUGGUUAUUCUUGAUCAGGAGAACAAAUCUGCAUCCAAGCAGAAUGGUACUGAUACUGCUGUUUCUGAAGUCCAUGGGGCGGAGGAAGAGAUUCGCCGUGGCGAAGCUGUCGCGAAGCAGACAACAACAGGCGAAUCCGGCCAGGAAUUUGUGACUUCUUCCGAAGCUUACAGCGCCUUGCGGCUUCUUUUCCAAAAGGAUGGUGAAGUUCUGCAGCUCGUGUAUAACUCCCGGCCUGUGCCCAAGGGCGUCAAGGUGGUCUCUGCCGACAUGUUCUUUAUUAAGAGCAUUCUGGUUCCUCCCAACAAAUACCGCCCAGCUGCCGCCCAGGGUGCUGGUGAAAUCAUGGAGGCCAUGCAAAAUGCUCCGCUCAACGGUAUACUCAAGCAGUGUGACCUUGUCAACCAGAUCAGCAAGGAGAUUCAAAAUGAGGACGAAAAGACUCUCUCUCGCGUAAGAAACUAUGGCGACCUUCUUCAGGCGAUCGUCACGCUUCAAGACCAGGUCAACGGUCUGAUCGACCGUGAGCGCACUUCCGUGACUGGCGGCGGUAUUGCAGCCUUGCCAAAUGGUAUCAAGCAACUUCUUGAGAAGAAAGAGGGUCUGUUCCGAAAGAACAUGAUGGGAAAACGUGUCAACUUUGCUGCUCGUUCCGUCAUUUCGCCCGACCCCAAUCUGGAAACCAAUGAGAUCGGUGUUCCUCUUGUCUUCGCCAAGAAGCUCACCUUCCCUGAGCCCGUCACGAAUCACAACUUCUGGGAGAUGAAGGAGGCUGUCAUCAACGGUCCUGACAAGUAUCCCGGUGCUGCUGCGAUUGAAAAUGAGAACGGCCAAGUCGUCAACCUGAAGUUCAAGAGUCUGGAUGAGCGUACGGCUCUCGCGAACCAGCUGCUUGCCCCCUCAAAUUGGCGCCUGAAGGGAUCGCGAAACAAGAAAGUCUACCGUCAUCUUACUUCGGGAGACUACGUUCUGAUGAACCGACAGCCCACUCUCCACAAGCCGUCAAUCAUGGGUCACAAGGCUCGUGUCCUUCCCAACGAACGAACAAUUCGAAUGCAUUACGCCAAUUGUAACACCUACAAUGCUGAUUUCGAUGGUGAUGAGAUGAACAUGCAUUUCCCGCAGAAUGAGCUCGCCCAAGCAGAGGCGAGAAUGCUUGCAGAUGCCGAUCAUCAGUAUCUGGUUGCUACCUCUGGCAAGCCUCUGAGAGGGUUGAUUCAGGAUCAUAUCUCAAUGGGUGUUUGGUUCACCUGCCGUGAUACUUUCUUCGACGAGGAGGAUUAUCACCAGCUGCUCUACAACUGUCUUCGCCCCGAAUUUUCCAACACGGUCGGGGAUCGCAUCCAAACAGUGGAGCCUGCGUUCAUCCGGCCCAAGCCUCUGUGGACCGGCAAACAAAUCAUUACGACCAUUUUGAAGAACAUUCAGCCUCCAGGGCGGGCAGGUCUCAACCUCAAGGGCAAAUCUUCAACUCCCGGCGAUCGAUGGGGCGCGGGCAACGAGGAAGGUGCCGUCAUCUUCAAGGACGGUGAAUUCCUGUGCGGUAUCCUUGACAAGAAACAGCUUGGUCCUUCCGAUGGUGGUAUCAUUGAUGCUGUGCACGAGGUUUACGGUCACACUAUUGCUGGAAAGUUGAUCAGUAUUCUCGGACGCCUGUUCACACGUUACCUGAACAUGCGGGCGUUCACUUGUGGUAUUGAUGAUCUUCGAUUAACCAAGGAAGGUGAUCGCAUCCGUAAAGAGAAGCUGAGCACUGCUCCCCAGAUGGGUCGUGAAGUUGCCCUGAAGUAUGUUACUCUGGACCAGACUACUGUGCAGGAUCAAGAUGCCGAGUUGAACCGUCGUUUGGAGGAGGUUCUUCGCGAUGAUGACAAACAGGGUGGUCUGGAUAGUGUCUCCACUGCUAGGAACGCUAAACUCUCCUCUGAAAUCACCAACGCCUGUCUGCCGGCUGGUCUUGCCAAGCCUUUCCCUUGGAACCAGAUGCAGUCAAUGACCAUUACCGGAGCCAAGGGGUCGGGUGUCAAUGCCAACCUCAUUUCCUGCAAUCUUGGCCAGCAGGUUCUGGAAGGUCGUCGUGUCCCGCUGAUGAUUAGCGGUAAAACCUUGCCGUCUUUCCGUGCGUUUGAGACGCAUCCUAUUGCCGGUGGUUACGUCUGUGGUCGUUUUUUGACUGGAAUUAAGCCGCAAGAAUAUUAUUUCCAUGCCAUGGCCGGUCGUGAAGGUUUGAUUGAUACUGCUGUCAAGACCUCUCGUUCCGGUUACUUGCAACGUUGCUUGAUCAAGGGCAUGGAGGGUCUCAGAGCCGAGUAUGACUCUUCGGUCCGUGAAGCUUCUGAUGGUUCCAUCGUCCAGUUCCUGUACGGAGAGGAUGGCCUAGAUAUCACUAAGCAGGUUCAUCUAAAGGAUUUCGGAUUCCUUGCUCAGAACCACCUGUCAAUUUCGAAGCAAGUCCAGGCAGACGAUUUCCACAGUCUGGCGAAGGAGGACGUGACUAGCUGGCACAAGGAUGCGAUGAGGGCAAUUCGCAAAAGCGGAAAAAUUGAUGCCAUGGAUCCUGUUCUGGCUCGCUAUCACCCUGGUGGUAACUUGGGUAGUACAUCCGAGGCAUUUGCCCAAGCCCUCAAGAAGUAUACCGACGACAACCCGGAUGCUCUUUUCAAGGAUAAGAAGAAGGAUAUUGCUGGUACCAUCGGAAAGAAGACUUUUGAUGUUCUCAUGAACAUGAAGUACAUGAAGUCUAUCAUCGACCCUGGUGAGGCCGUUGGUAUUAUGGCCGGUCAGUCGGUCGGUGAGCCGUCGACACAGAUGACUUUGAACACUUUCCACUUGGCUGGUCACUCCGCAAAGAACGUGACGCUCGGUAUUCCUCGACUGCGUGAAAUUGUCAUGACUGCAAGCGCCAACAUCAUGACGCCUACUAUGACAUUAAUGUUGAACGAAGAAAUGACCAACUCGGACUCGGAGCAAUUCGCCAAGGCCAUCAGCAAGCUCAACAUUGCUGAGGUUGUGGACAAGGUGCAGGUCAGAGAGCGAAUCGGCGCGGGUAUUGGCUACGCCAAGGCUAAGAUCUACGACAUCGAAAUUACCUUCUUCCCUCCUGAGGAGUACUGUAAGGAAUAUGCUAUCGAGACCAAGGAUGUGCAGAAUGGCCUGCAGAACAAGUUCAUUCCUCGAUUGGUCAAACUGACUCGGACUGAGUUGAAGAAGCGUAAGGAUGACAAGACUGGCAAGAAGAGCUCUACCGCCCAGCCUGAGAUCGGUGUUUCCGUCGGUCGAGUUGCUGAUGGGCCUAGCGGUCCAGAUCGCGAGACUCAGCCAGGAGAUGACGAUGACGACGAGGACCAGGAUGAUGCCAAGCGAGCUCGUGGCAACACGAACAAGAGCAACCAGGUCUCUUACGAUGGACCUGAUGAUGAUGAGCAGAAUAUCAUCAACCGUCAAGACUCCCCUGACUUGGAAGAUGAUCAAAUGGAAGGCGCUCAGCCUCGAGCUACCGGCGACGUCGAAAUGGAAGACAGUGACUCUGACUCUGACUCCGACGAAGAGAACAACACGCGUGAGGAAGAUGUCAAGGGCAAAUUCGUUGAGAUCACCAAGUUCAAGUUCGAUCCUAAGAAGGGCGGCUCGUGCACGAUCCAGCUGCAAUAUGAUAUCGAGACCCCCAAGCUUCUGCUCCUACCUCUGGUCGAGCAAGCUGCUCACACUGCGGUCAUCCAGUCCAUCCCCGGUCUUGGUGACUGUGUUUUCGUCGAAGCCGAUGAGAUCAAGGGUGAUCCUGCCAGCGUUCUCACCGACGGUGUCAACCUGCUUGCUAUGCGCGACUACCAGGAUAUCAUCAAGCCUCACUCGAUCUACACCAACUCCAUCCAUGACAUGCUGAAUCUCUACGGUGUCGAGGCUGCGCGCGCCACCAUCAUUCGUGAAAUGGACGCCGUUUUCAAGGGUCACAGUAUCUCCGUUGACAACCGUCAUCUGAACUUGAUUGGUGAUGUGAUGACUCAAAGUGGUGGUUUCAAGGCCUUCAGCCGUAACGGCCUGGUCAAGGACUCUACCUCACCCUUCUCUCGGAUGUCCUUCGAGACUACUGUUGGUGCUCUGAAGGAUGCCGUGCUCGAGAGAGACUGGGAUAACCUUAAGGGCCCGAGUAGCAGAAUCGUCGUUGGUCGCUCCGGUACUAUUGGUACUGGCGCCUUCGAUGUUCUCGCUCCUGUAGCAUAG